UUUUCUAUGAUCAUUCAUGGUGAGUUCAUUUAACAAAUAUAUACAUACAAACGCGCAUAUAUACACGCCAUACUUAUUAACAUAAUUCCUGUGCGCUUGUCCCCCGCCGACCAGACUCCUCACUGGUUCGUACUUUUGUCCCUUUCCCUCUUCUUAGUGAAUUCAACAGGCUAUUUUUAACCCCUACACAUGCACAUAUCAUUCCUCUUUAGAUAUUUCUGAGCACAUGAUGCGGCUCGUUAUUCCACUCAAUGUGCUUCAUGGUCCUCCUUUACACAAUUGAACUUUACCCUUAUCCCCAUCCAAUAUCCUUUAAAUAAAUUACAAUCGAAUCAAUCCUUAAAAACAAUGGACUCUAGUGAAUUCAUAACUACUGACAAUUACGCCACUUUAUCCAAAGAAACAACUUUCAACGAUCCAAAUUUCUUUGAAACUACUGUUGAACCAUUAUUGGUUCCUGGCCGUGAAGGUGACCUCUGUGAGUGGCUAAAAAAAAUUGGUCUUAUUGCUAAAGAACAAAAAUGCCCUAAUACUGAAUGCCUCAACAUAGAUAAAAUGCAAUGGCAUCGAGCUCGAGUUGUUGACAAAUAUAACUGGGUGUGUUUGGAAUGUAAAAAAAAAGUUCCUGCUAGACAUGCUUCUUUCUUUUCAGAUUUUAAAUGUGAAUUAGGAUAUGCUCUUAGAGUAAUAGAUGGUUGGUGCAGAAACUUGCCUCUUAGUGAUGUAGGUGGUGAGGGCCGUGUAAAAGCAAAUGUAGCUAAACGGAUAUUUAAUAGUUGUGUACAAGUAGCAGAAUGGCAUUUGAAAAAUAUGAUUGGUGAGUUUAAACUAGGUGGGCAUGAUGUUGUGGUUAUUGUUGAUAUAUUUCCUGGUGGAAAUAUGAGUUUAAAUACACCUACAACUUCACACAAUAAUAAUUUUUCUAAAAGAGUGUUAUGUAUUGCUGAUACUGCACAUGUACCUGUACGGGUCUGGGCUAAUCUAUUGGAAGGCUCUAAUAAGGAGAAUUAUAAGAUAAUAGAAAUGGUAAAAAACCAUGUAAUGCCAGGUUCAACAAUUGUAACAAAUGAAAUGCUUUAUCCAUUAUUACGAAACCUUCCAAGUAUUGGAGAAGUCAUUAGUACAGAAGCACUUAUAAACCUUGAUAUAAACCAUGAUCAAAAAUCUUUAAAGAAUUUAGAGACUAUUUGGGCUACUACAGUUGAUGCAUGUAUUCAAAUACAAGAUAUGUCGUCCACACAUGCUGAACAGCAUUUAUAUGAAUUACAAUGGAGACAAAUGUAUGGAUUCAUAGCUUUUUCUUCCAUUAUUCAACAAAUAGUUGAAUAUACUGAGUAUCACAAUCCAAUACGUACUCCCUUACCUAGCAUUUGGCCAUCAAAUUAAUGUAUAUAAAAUAUUUUUUUAAUGAUCAACAAAUCCCACCGCUUAAGUUUAACAUAGUAUAUGUGAAAUUUAUUUUUGAUCUUUUUCAUGAAAUAAUAGAGUUGGUUGUAUAAUAUAUAACAAAUAUUUAUUACAUAUUAAAAUUUGGUUGAGAAAUUAAAAUUAUUACUAGAUUAGAAAAAAUGAGUUUCUAAAGAAAAUAUGUGGUCAAGUUUUUUUUAAACAUUCUUAAACUUUACACUAAGCAUUUUACUGAUGCUCAAAAAUGAUAUCAAACUACAUAAUGUUGCCCCUACGUUAUGGUUUCUAUUAUUAAAAGCUAUAACAUCUAUAUAGUAAAAUAUUACAAAAAAGGUUUAAAUUUCAUUUAUAACCAAUAAAGACUUAUUUUAUUGCCAUAAUAUUUACUAUAAAAUUAAUUUUUGGGGUAUGAAAAUUAUUGUAUAUUUAUUUAAUAUGUUCAAUUAGUUUAUACAUUUUUUAAUUAUGUGAGAAUAUAUUGACUUAAAAAUGA